CAGGCUGUGAUUGGAGGAAGCGGUGCCACGUGCACCCUCCCCUACUACACCAACUGCUGAGAUCUUGACUAGAAACAUUGAGCAAGUUACAUUGUAUUAUCUUGCAGUCCAGCGCUGAAAGAUCAUUGCAGAUGAAGGAGAAGAGAGGGGCCACAAGAGUAUUGAGAUGCAGCCGUUGAUGAUUGAAGUCCAGUCUAACUAGCCCGCCCUGGGGGAAAUAUAUUCCUGUGAGGCAGACUGGAAGGGCUGAGUGGACCAGGUUGGUACAGGACCAAGAAGCCAAACAUUGACUGCAGGCUCGACUCGGUUUGGGACGGGCGAGGUGGUUUGGAGACCAUAUUUGUGACUUUAGACCUAGGUUGUGAGGUGGAGGGUCGCGAUGGCAGUGAGCGGGUUUGACAUUGACGUGCCACGGUGGGAUCAGUCCACGUUUAUGGGAAGAUUGAAGCACUUUGCCAACAUCACAGACUGGAGGACAGCACUACUGCCGGACUCACGACUGGAUGAGGCUAAAGCGCUGGUGGAGAGCUGCAGAGCGGGGUCCGUUCCCCCUGGCACCACAGAGGAACAGCUGCACUACGCCAAGAAGCUCUAUGACUCUGCCUUUCACCCUGACACUGGCGAUCGCAUGAACCUGAUUGGUCGAAUGUCCUUCCAGGUGCCCGGAGGGAUGGCCAUAACGGGUGGUAUGCUACAGUUUUACAGGACAGUCCCUGCUGUAGUGUUCUGGCAGUGGGUGAAUCAGUCGUUUAAUGCUCUGGUCAACUACACCAACAGAAAUGCUGCUUCCCCCAUCACACCCAAUCAAAUCGGAGUAGCCUAUUUAACAGCAACUAGCACUGCUCUAGCCACUGCUGUGGGACUCAACUUCUACACAAAGAGAGCCCCUCCGCUGGUGGCGCGCUGGGUUCCGUUUGCAGCUGUGGCGUCCGCUAACUGUGUCAAUAUCCCAAUGAUGAGGCAACAGGAGCUCCUGAAUGGCAUAGCUGUAACAGAUGAGAAUGGAAACAAACUUGGCCAUUCCAAGAAAGCAGCUGUGAAGGGCAUCACCCAGGUGGUCAUUUCCCGGAUUACCAUGGCAGCACCGGGCAUGAUCAUUCUCCCCGUCAUCAUGCAGAGACUUGAGAAAUUCAAGUUUAUGCAGAGGAUCACCUUCUUCCACGGACCUUUACAAGUCAUGAUGGUGGGAGCGUUCCUGGUCUUCAUGGUGCCUGCAGCCUGCUCCCUGUUCCCUCAGCAAUGCUCCAUGGCUGUGUCUAAGCUGGAGCCAGAGCUAAGGGAGUCCAUCUUGUGUCGUUAUGGGGACAGUGUACAGUACGUCUACUUCAACAAGGGCCUAUGAAUACACGCACACCUGCCUUCUUAAUCAUUGUCCAAUCAGGGAGAGCAUCUGAAUGUUUUUAUAAAUGAGCCAAUCAGCAUCUUCGGUUCAUAGGAUAAAUAGCUUUCUCCUUGUUUGUCUUUGUCUUUAUUUUCAAAUAAUCUUUGUUAUUCUAGGAGAGAUGUUCUUAAAGAGUUCAAAUGUGUGUUUGAAUUCUCUUUUUGUACCACUAACCACCUUUUAAUGCGAGUAAAGUACAUGUUGGAUAAAAAAAAGUCAUGAGGCCUGAUGGAAACAGAAAAUUUGUCUGUAAACUUUUGAAAUGUUGACAAAACAAUAUACACUUGACACGGUGGGA